AUGGAUGUAAUUAAAAGAAUUGCCCAAAAAAGACUUAAACCUCGACAUGAAGAGGAUAUGGUGGACAGAGCAAAUUAUAUGACAACUUCUUUUAUUUUGGCUACAGCAGCAGUUCUUGUUUUUACAAAAGAAUUUGGACCAUUUUCCGAACCUAUUUAUUGCUGGUCGCAAGCUGAAUGGAGUGAUGAUUGGUUGGAAUAUGCACAUGAUUUUUGUUUCAUUGAGUCGACUUACUAUGUUCCCUCUAAUAAAACAAUGCCAAUGAAAGGUGCAAGAAAUAAUCAUAUUGACCGUAUUUCUUAUUAUCAAUGGGUUCCAUUUAUUUUUGUUCUCCAAGCAAUUAUUUGUCAAUUACCUAAUUAUUUAUGGAGAAUUAGUAAUGCACUUUCUAGUAAAAGACUUCCAUCAAUCCUCAAUCAAGCACACAAAGCUGCAGGGAAAGAUUGUGAAAAUAAUGUUGCUGCGGGUAUUGCAAGACAUUUAGCUUCGGUUUUGUUAGAUUCUGACAUAAAUAAUUUGGAGGAUAAAGAAUUGGGGAUUUUUUGGAAAUUUGGGGGUAUUUUAAUACAAAAUACACUUAGUUUUGUUUAUUUAUUAAUGAAAUGUCUUUUUCUUUUUGUUAAUAUUGGACAGAUGUUUAAAUCAUUUAUUACUUAUGGGUCUGCUUGGGAACAUAAUGGAUUAUUUCCACGUGUUAGCCUUUGUGAUUUUAAGAUAAGAAUGUUGAAUGAUUUAUUUGCUAAUUUUACUGUUCAGUGUGUUUUAAUGGCUAAUUAUGUAAAAUUUAAAUUAAUUAAUAUAUUUUUCUAG